UAUUUAUUAUUAUGUGACGCAACAGAAAGUAUAACAAAAGCAUGAUAGAUUUGGUGUUUGUUGUACGUAAUACACUCCGUAAAGUAAAAAGGCAUAGCUAUAUACUGAAGAACACAUAAUAGUGUAGAGAAUACGGUAAUUUAGUCAGCCAGGUGACGAUUGUAGCCAUCGAAGAAUGUGAAAAGUCGGUGUGUUAAGUGGGAAAGACACAUAGUGUAAAUGUGCGUCACGCACUGAGGAGUAAGAAGUAAGAAGUAAGGAGUAAGGAGUAAGAGUUACAUUAUUAUAUACUACAUAGAGGCAACACCCGACUAGCUCAGACUUUCCGACUCCUUGCCAUUGCAGUCAGAUAACUCCGGUUGUCAAUGCCGGUCGUAUCAGCCUAUCGGCUCCUACUAUUCAAAUAAAAGUUACACUAAUAUUCCUAUAAAAGUUCAUUUCGAUUAAAUAUUUUCUCUAUAUCAUUCGUGAAAGUAUCUAGAUAAUAUAUACUAUAACACAUAUCGAAUUCCGAUUGGACGGCUUCAUAACGAGCUAUUUAACACACAACACAGUUUGUGUUAUAUUACAAACACUCGAAAUAAAAUGGACUAUUCAACACACUCUGUUCUUCCAACAAUGCCCGCAUAAAUUUAUUCCCUCUAUCUUCCUUCUGAUCGGCAUUAUUUUAUAUUUACGUAAAUAUUUUCCUCGAAUCUUUGAAUUUAUACGAAGCUACUCUCCGAAACGCAAAAAAACUGCAUUAGUUAACAACAAUAAAAAGUAAAAAAUAAAAAAAAGUGGUAAACAUUAAUUACUUUUCAUUGUCGUCGUGCUUUUAGCGGCAUAGAAUAGAAUCAGUGAACUAACGAGUGCAUUAGCGCGUGUGAAUUUUAACGUGAAUUAAAAGGAUAGAGAACAGAGAGUAGACCGAAGUACCAGUAAGCAGUAAGCGGGAUAUAUCGACGGAUGUGGAUGAAAGAUUCAACAACUCGUAAGAGGAUUUGGGAGACGAGGGAUAUAUAGUGUAGACGAGUAUAGUAGGCUGCCUGGGGAAACAUGGUGCACAUGAGUUACGCGCAGUGGGCCUGUCUGCCCAGUACUUACAGGAAGAAGGUAAAUCCGGGUUCGAAAGCUGCUCAACAAGGAGUCAGAGAAGGAGACCUCAUUAGCAGCAUCAACGGCAGAAACACUUCCGAGCUCACAAACGGAGAAGCUCAUACGCUGCUGAGGAAUGCCGGUGACCAGCUCAAACUAGGACUCAAUCAAGAACAAGCGGAAUCGCCAAAACGACGAAUAUACAGAAGCAGUCUGCAGGAAAACACGUCCAUCGAAACAUUACAGAAAACAACCAAAACAACGACGACCACCACCAAAUCAUUGGGAACCCGGAUCUUUACCGACACAAAGCUAAACGGAACUGGAACUGAUGACACGAAAAACGAUAAGGAUUUCAGCAAUCAAAACGGCUCGGUAAAAACCACCGACUACAAGAGGACAAAUUGCGAAAAAAGCCAAGACGCCAAGAAGUGUUUACAGUUUCACGGUAAUCCCGGUGACAGCCAGCUGCCAGAAGCUUCUGGGAGGAUGCCUCACGGUUCGCGGGCACGAAAAACACGACGGAACCGUAACAAGCGGACUAAACAACCUCCUACGAGGUCAGAGGGCGUUUUACAUCAAGCUGACGCUAAUAAGCACGAAAAUGAAGAAGAAAAAGAAGACGAGGGAUCAAUACUCGCGGGUAACAAGUCAAUGGAUUGCCCUGGCGAGGAUUUCCUUAUCGAAAGCAAUUUGCAGAUGGAACGCGAGGGGGAUCAGACGAAGGUUAACGGGCACGCGGUCAAGGUGAGUGAGGUCGGAUCGCCAUCAAGCACCGUAAUCCGGUCGAUAGAAUCACCGAACAACCCGGGAGUAGGCCGCCAACAGCUGAGGCGCGUACCAGUCAGCCUCAGGCACCGGCUUGAACGACGAACGCUUGGUAGUGAGGUUAAAAUUUGCGAAAUUAGCACUGUCAGUGGUCCCCUCGCGGCUAGUGUCGGUCAUAUCGCUGGAGUCGGGGACAUUAUCGUUGAGACUGAUGUUGGUGGUCAGAAGACUCCAAAAAAUUUAGGUCCAGUGGUGACAAUCAGUGAACCUGCGGAGCCUUCAGCCCUGAUGUUCCUCAGAACUACCUCUCAGAGCAAAGACGAGCUGGAAAUUCAAGAGAUUGAAGGCGAAGGAGAAGCAGAUGAGGGGCUUUUGUUGAAGCAGCAGCAUGGCAGAGUUGUUGUUGUUGAGCCCGACUCGGAUUUCGAAGCCAAGGUGAUUGUUGAAGAGUCCUCUGACAUUAUCGAGGAGUUUGAUUCGGAAAUUUGUAAUGAAAAUGGUUGCAAAGAUGAGAUUAAAGUUGAAGAAAGAGAAAUAAUUAUUCCAGAUUGUGAUGGAAAUGGUGAAUCGAUGGAUCAGGUGGAGCGGGAUAAUCGUGAAAAGAUUCUGGGUCAAGGAGGAGUGAGACCGACGAGAAAAGAUGAGGGUUGCGGCGGAUUUAGCUCAAAGGAAACAAUCGAGUGUAAAGAGUCUGCUGACAGGAUGAAAUGUUCAAUGGAAGCAAAGUGUCAAGAGUCGGACGGGUUAAACAAUGAUUUUAAGCUGGGAUCCACCAAAGGAAUUGAUCAACCGGGAACGGGUGUGCCGACACAAGAGCUCAAGAAUAAACUCGGUGUCUUUAGUGAAGGACCAGAAUUAUCGUAUAUUCCUUCCGAUCACAGCAACCUGUUGGAUAAUUCGAUAAGUCUGUUUGAUAAUCACAAACCCUGUCAACUGGUUACGACUUCUAGUCAGAUUAAUAGUGUAAAUAGUAUUAAUAGUAACAGCAGAAGGGAGAAAAUGAAAAAACGGUUGAUUUUAGAGUCGUAUUUUUCUGAAGCGCGUCACGCUGAUCGAUUCUUAGAUAUUAUUCAAGAAGAGGCUGAUAAGCUGUCGGAAGAUGAGGAGCAACACAUUCGGGAUUUUAUCAAUGAAGAAAUAGGAAAAUUCCGGCGUGAAAGACGAUACACUCGCGAUGACAGCGAAAAUAGAAGCGGCGAUGAAGAUCAAGAUGGAGGAGAGGAAAUGGAAUCAGAGAGAGAGGAUAACAACUGGGAUUUCAAAGACGAUAAAUACGAGUCUGGUGGAAUCCAAGAUUUAAAAGUGUCACCUGAUACACAGGCUAAUAUCGCAUUUAAUGAGAAACCAGCUGCAGAAAUGAUAAUAAGUUCUUGUGAAAAGAAAGAAGGGGCUCGAAAAAAUAAAUUAAUUUUAAACAAUGAGAGAUCUUAUUCACCAGAGGACUUGCUCCGCGACUGCGUCGAGAAUAAUAAAGGAAAUAAAGUCGAGGAUCUAACAAGCACGUCGAGACAAGUGGUAGUGCCGUCGCUGCCGCCUGAGCCACCUAAAAGGUCUUCUAGUUUCAUUAGCAGAGACAUUGCAUCCGCGAUGGUAUUACUGAACCCUCCUCAGGUGGACUAUCCGCUCCCCGUUUGCUCAUUUGAGCCAUCAGCCCAGACUGAUCAGUUUUAUUCUGGAGCAGAAGACACCUGCGAUAAGCCAGCCCGUCCUCCGCUGCCCCUGGCCCUCUUUCCAACCAGUAAUUCAUCGGAUUCCGGUUGGCCUCUGCCAAUUUCAGCGAGUAUCGAGCGGAAUAGGGGCAGCGGAGAAAGGAGAGAAAGAGGACAUGGAGGAGUGUCAUCGAAAGAGAACAGAUCGCCGGGAUUGCGUAAUGAAGCUUGCGACGCCGUCGAAAUUGGCAAUGACGCUGACAAGAUCGAGGCGUCGCGGUCGUGCCCUGAAAUAGCUUAUGAUCACACCGGGUCUGAGUUAAGUGCCACGAUGUCGGCGUUGCAGACUCAAAUCUCAGGCUCUUCAUCGGAUCUUGCUGGUACUCGUUCAGACGGGAUAAGUGCGUGCGAAUCACAACGUGUUCUAUCGGCGUCAUCCCCAGUUGAAUGUUAUUGUGCUGUGAGGGCUUUUGUCGGCGAUAGAGCUCAAUAUCAAGCAAGUGGAAGUGGAACAGGUGAAGAGGAAGAGAAAGAGGAAGAGGAAGAGGAAGAGGUCGAGAGUUCCCGACCCUUCGGUUACAAAGUGUCUUGUGAAAAGAAUAAAAACGUUGUCGAGGUUGCGGAGCCGAAAAAGGAAAAUAAAAGGAAAGUUGAGGAGCUGGAUGAAAAGAAUCAACUUGAGACGGUGAAACUCGAAGGUGAAAAACGUGUCGUCGAUUCCCGUUUCAAGGUCAAGAGCCAGAUUGGAGAUGAAGAUCAUAACGACCGCGACUGUGAACUCAAAAAUUUAGCCGGGAGCCAGUGUGAGGGGCAAGGGGCCAACAAAACCGAGGAAUCCCAAGUGAAUACCGCGAGUGUUGGAGAUAAAAUAGAAGAGUGGGAAAGGGAGAAACGUAGAGAGAAAGAGAGGACUGAUGAUCCAUUGAGAUAUCAAGUGGACGGCGAGAAUAACCAGAGUACGCUGCAUGAGUCAAGAGAGGCCGCUGCUGGCAUAUGUUUCGCUGAUACUCCCGCGACUGAAGUUUUGUACGAGUCUUCCAGCAACGUUGAAUCCGCUCCUCCAGACACCUGUCACGCGGAAUUUAUUUCUGGUUCAAGUGCGAGUGAAAACACUUCGGAAUGUGCCGCGAAAGAUUUGUUCUACGUGCCGCGGGAGGAUACGUGUGAUUUUUCGAUUUCGAAAGGUAAACAUCGCGAUUGCCCAAGCUCGCUGACGGAGCUGAGCAUCAGAAAAAUUCUGUCUAUGCCCUACGGCCUAAAAAUAAUAAACGAGAUAACUCAUCCGCUAUUCAAUAUCUCUGUAGAGAAAGAGGAAGGAAAAAGUUUUGAAAAUCUUAAAAGUAGUGGAUUGGAAGAAGUGGAUUCAGCAGUUAAAGUUGUGGAAAUGAUAAAGAGACGUCCGAAAAGUUGGAUGGGCGUUCCGACGAGUGAAAAUCCACAGCUGCUAGUUUGCCUCUCGCCGUCCCAGCAGAACUUCAAUACUGACAAGAGUCUAAAGGGUUCGAAUAAGAGCCUGGAAAUACGCAUCCCCGACGCAGACAAGCUUCUUGAUCUUCACAAAAAGUUUAUAAACCGGCGUAGCUAUCACGAUUCAUCGGUAGAUAAUCGUCGUGGUAGUGAAUCGUUUGCGAUACCAAAGUAUUACCGAGUAGAAGUUAACUCGAGAAAAGAAUCUACUGGAAAAGACCUCGGCUUACCAGAAAAUAAGCUUAAAAGUAAGCUUGAGAAAUCGAACCAAUCUAAUCGAGUUACUGGCUCGUCAUCCAACCGACUUCUCAAGAUCAUAAAAGAAAAUCCGAUCGACAACCGACAGUGUUUGCUUCUCAGAGCAACCCAGGAGCCCGUCUCUGUCCCUGGGAAUCCUCAUAAAAAUAAUAAUGUCAGACAGGAUCGUUCCAAAAGUACACGGCUUUCAGAAUGGUUGACUCUCGCAAGAAACGACCCCACAGACUUUGCCAAGUACCAAAAAAUAUAUUGUCAUUCUGAUACUCGGCGAGAUCAUUGUCAAGAUAAUUUACCCAGCGCAUUUAGUCCAGAGAACCGCACGGACACGACCAAUAAAACUCAGCAUUUAAAUACUAAUACUAAUACUAAUAGUGAGAGCAUUAGUGAUGAUAAUAUUAAUAAUAAUAAUUACUUAGACGGUAAAAACAUUGAAGGGAAUUGUAAUCCGCGAGUUAACAGUGCAUUGAUAAUACGCUCACCGGAGUCAAGUAAUGAAAUAAUUAAUACCGGGACAUUGAACAAGAGUCCAAUUACCUACAAGAGCGCAAUAAUCGACAAGUCGUGGAGCGUUGAGGAUCAUUGGAACCGGACACCAGUGCUGUGUCGUGGUAUCGAUCCGGGACAGGUGAACCCCGCGUUGAUUAAUAAUGACAAGCCAGAGACACCAGCUCGACCGAAUAGAGUCCAAAAUCUUGUGGUCGAUCGUUCUUGCAUCGACACCACCAGUAUCUUUGAUAAAACCCCCCCACGGAGGUACUUGGCGCCACGCAAAUAUCACCAUCCGGAAGUGGAGGCACUUAACCAUCGUCAAGCUAUCACCGGCACUAACGCGGGUAUUGUCGAGAAGAAAGUGCCAGAGGAAGAGGACAAAGAGAAUAAUCACCGGGAGACUCUUCAGGAGAAUCUAAAGCGAUUUAGAGCGGCUAAAGACAUUAAGGAGCUCACUGAUGCCCGCAGACGGCACUCACUCCCCUAUGAGCUCUUUGACAGACAGUUGGAGUACAUUAACCGUCUUGAGGAGGUUCUACACUCUGAGGUAAAAAUAGGUGAAAAUGCGAAAACGGAAAUGGAAGGUGAUCAGGAUAAAAGUUAUUACGGUGAGGAUAAUGGGAGGCAGUCUUCGAGGAACCAGUCGAAAAUUUACGAGAAAGAUUGCGAGGAGAUCCUCACCAGCGAGGGUCAUCUCGAGCAGACAAAGAGUUGUCAGGUCACUGAAGAUGGCUGCCGAGUCGAAAAGUCGAUAAGGACCUUCGAAAAUACUGAGGAAAGGAAAGGCUUCUCCUUAUGGACUUUGAAAAAUGAAAAUAGGGAGGAGAUUCCGGACGCCGCUAAGUGUAUGAGGUCUUUUGACGGGGAACAAAAAAGGAGGAAUGAUAAGACGGAGAAGGACGAGGAUAAGAGAGCCCCAGAUACGUAUCGAGGGAAAAGCGAGAUGUUUGACGGUAAUAAAAUGAUAAAACCCACCGGCAAGUCCAUUUCAAUCUUCCCUACCACCGACGAGACCCUCCGCGAGAAAAUGUACGACGAGUACAGAGAUAAAGUGCUUGAGCGCGAGGAGAGAAAACAUCUUAAGGUUAUAAAAAUUAGCUCUCACGUCGAUUUCCCCGGCUCUCACCCCGGAAAGCCUUCUGAUAAGAGUAAUAGCUUGAACAGCAUUCAGAGGGAGUUUAUAGAGAAAGCCAGAAAUAGGAUGACUAAGUUCGGGAUCAAUUUGGACGACAGCGAGACCGAAAUUGCUAAAGAGGACACCGGUCCUGGCGAAACCACUGAAAGCACUUCUGGUUUGAGCUCGAGUUAUAUCACCACUAGCUGCAGAACCGAGGAGACCACUGGCCAAAUAAUAACGAGUGAGGUCAAGGAGAAAAAUAUAUGUGAGUGUCGUCGCGAUGAAAAAACCAAGUGUCUUAUCGACGGAAAAGAAAUCAAAGACGUUCGGAAACUUCCCAAGCACCUACAGGAGUUUCUGGUCCUUGCAGACACUGAUACGCCUCCCCCUCAUCAUCAUAACCAUGAUCAUCAUCCUGACGGGUAUGCCAUUGCGGCUGGAAAGAAAACUAAUAGCGGCGAUUUGCUACACGAGAUCGACACGGCUCUGACCGAGUCCAAAGGUUUUCUUCUGAGGCAAGAGAGAAUGCUUAAGCCCAAGUUUAAGGCCUCCUCGGUUAAGCCAGGUGUUUGGUCACCAGGCAGCAGCAGCGAUCCUUACAACCGAGACCGGGACCCCGGGAGCCCAGAUCGAGGGAAGAAUUCGGAAAGAGAUGCCGGCAUUCCGCCGGUUUGGACGCCUUCCAGCGCAGGAACCAGUCCUGUUGCGGAGCGCAAGGAGUUUCGGCCAGUCAGCUUCGAGAGUCCUAUUCUAGGUCGCAGAAAAAAGCCCCAGACGGAGCAAGUGCCGCAGCCGCAGCCCCCCUGGAAGAGCGAGAGCCACCCCCAGUCCGAAGAUCACCCCCCGGCCCAGGAGAAGAAAAAGGAUCCGUCCAGCAACGGCACGAACAACCUCCCGGAUGGUUCUUACAACAUAAGCCCUAGGAUUGUUAACUCUCACUCGGUGCCGUCCCAAGGGUUGAACACCCUCGCAACCACUCCGCGACUGCCGCGUGCGCAAAAUCCGACAAUUACUCUCCUGCAAAAGGCCAGAGAGGGUCAAUUGCCCAAGGGAGCUGCCUACCUCAACGAGAGCAUCUGCCUCAAAAAUAACGAUACCGAAGAUUUACUUAAUUCGGUGAAAAAAGAAGAUAACGAAAUGAAGAAAACCCCGAGAAAAAUAGAAGGGAUCGGACCGAUUACCAAAAAUGGAAUGCCGGUUGCUCUAAGAUCGGAGGUGAAAGAGGAUAAUCAAGCAAAGUGGUACAAACAAAUGUACGACUCGCUUCACCGCGCCGGCAAAGACGAUGACUACGUGACUAUCCGAUACAAGCCACGGCGAGGUCUGAGAUACGGGCACGGAAGCAGCAGCGGAUAUUUAAGCGAGCCAGAGCCACGUGGGUAUGCAGACAAAUCCGCGACAUUGGACAUACGCAGACGCCAAAGAAACAAGGAAAAUGACUCGUCGAUCUCGACGAUGCCAAGAAAAAGCGCGCUGGUAAAAACUACCGCUGAAGUUUAUCGAAACCAGCCAGGGCGCAUCGAGAACUAUCAGCCGGGUCAAUCUACCCCCGCAGUCGGCGUCGGGGAAAAAGAAACCAAGGAGCUGACUGUGACUAAAAAGAAAAAGUGGUGGGACGAGGUCAUGGACAUAUUUGAUAGGGCUGAGGAAAAGAAGUCCCAGAUUCGACACCCGAUGGCGCUGCGAACGUUCAUACCGACGCACCAGCUGUUAGUGAGAAGCAACCACAAUUCAAGGCCUUCAACAACAGUAGCGUCUUCAAAAUCGUCUACCACGCAGUCUUUGCACCCAAAAAGCUCCCUGAGGACCACCAAGGCCAUUUUGGAGCACACGGGGCACGACAGCGACACAAACUCGCCUUCAAUUGACUCGGAUUGCCAGCCCUCGGUGGCCUACAGGGCGGAACCGCCCAGUGUGAGUCUUCUUCUGGGCCAGAGUCGGUCCAAGUCGAUGAUUUCCGGCGAGCGGAUGCCCUACUCGCUGCUGAAGUCUCCCAAGGGCUGUUCCGCGCGUAAAAGACACUCCAAGCAUGUUGGAGGUGGAAAUAACGAAACCGAGGACGCGAUGCUCAUUGGGUUCAUCGACGAGACGGUGAAGCCCGAGGAAGACCAGAGACACUCGAGCAGCAGCAUCGAGGAGAAACUCAAAAGCCUGGCCAGCAGCAGCCCGACUCGCAGGUCUCCUUUGCUGAUAAACCGGUCCUCCUCCUCGUCCUCCUGCUCGAACAAGCAGUCUCUCUUCAGUGUUCCAGCGACGAGUCCGCGGAACCAUCGGAACCACGCUAAUGUCAUCAAUAACAACAGCAUCGGCAUCAACCAGCGGCAGCAUCACGAUCCAUCCAUAUCUUCUUCUACUUCUUCUUCUUCUUCCAGCACCAUUCAUAUUACCAUGCUACCACCACCACCGCCACCAACGAACAAUUCUGUCGCGGAGACGGCCCUGACAUCACCUUCACGGCCAUUCGAUCAGCACAAUCCUCACACGGCCAAGCCCUACAUGAGUCACGCACUAAAAGAGUCCGGAUACGAGAGCGACUCAACGCUUAUUUUCCGUCGGCGAGAUGACGUCAGUCCUCUGAGUCCUCUCGAGCAGCGAGUGGCAUACAAGACAGUGCAGAAGGGCGGCGACGUUCCUCUACACGGGCUCAGAAAACUCGCCCCCGAACGACCGAAAGACGACACUGAGAUCCAGUACUUUCCGAUCUCGUCAACACUGACGAGAAUUCGCGUCCGCAGAAAACACACUCAGUCGACAAGCUCGAUGUCUUCUGGCGGACGUCACCGACGAGCGAACAGUUCGAGGCCCAGUCCCCCUUCGCCACCCAGAAGGCAGUCCUCAAAAGACAACGCGACUCUUAAGCUGUACAUUUCUGGAACUGGGAGCUCAAGUAGGAGACACCAGCAGUGUUUUGCAGCGGAAAGUGUCUCUAACAUAAGGUUCCUGAAAGAGAGGCUGAGCAACAAGUUGCUGAAGCAAGAACAGGGUCGGGAUAUUGCACGCAAGAGUUUAACAGCUUCGAUCAGUUCCCGUCCGAAAGUUUCAACUCCUUCAGCUUCGCCGAUCAAGACGACGGCUUUAACUUGUGCCAAGAAGAAACCGGAUUGUUUGACUAAGCGGCCAGUCAGCCCUCCUACUCCUUCUCCUUCCUCGGCUGUUAAUUCUCCAGGCUCUCGACAAGUUGAGGAGAAGUCCUUAUCAAAAGUACAAUCUAAAUCCUUGACAGGAGCUCAGGAUGGACAUCGUUCAAAAAGUUAUUCGACAAGUUUGCCAGUGAAAAAGGAGACUAAAAUUCGACGAGUCAGAAAAGAAACUGAAGAAAGUUCAAAGCUGGGCAGUACAUCAGUUGGGGGCUCUUCAUCGGUUUACUUAUCGUCCUCGUCAUCUUCUCACGCGGAAGUUGUUCACUCGGGUUGCAGGGUUCUGGUUAACGGACGGCGACACGUUAACGUUGACGUGGAAAACACAUUAACUGGGGCUGUCGUCGGUGGAAAGGCGGUGUCACUGAGACGAGUGAGGAGCCAAGAGACCGGGUUAUCGUCGACAAAAGUUAUCUCCAAGUCUGAGACUCGGGAACUGGAAAAAACAAGAUCGAGUUGCAACGUUGUUAUAAGAAGUAGAUCUCCGGUUUCGGGUUCUGGUUCUGGCUCUGGUUCUGGAGCUUCUCUGACAGCAAGACGCGGAAAUUUACUCGAGACUUGUAAACAAAAAUCCUCGACAACUAAAUUAAAGGGAGGCGCCGUGACGACUACGGCAAUACCAUCUCCGCAGCAGCAGUUUACAAGUACAAGUGUUGUUGUUGGAAAUAAAAGAAUCCGUGAUAAGGUUCAACCUCCUGUAAAAACUCUAUUGAAAAAGUCGCAAGUUAUUGAAGAUCAAGAAAUAAAGUUUUAUAAAAAAAAAAUUCCAAUGAAAAAAGAUAAAUUAGUACGUGAAGGUACUGCUGGAAGUGCUGCCGGGAAUCCUGGUAGGAAAAAAAAUAAUGGGAAAAGUGAUUCCCAUUUCCAGCCGGAGAAGAGAAAGAUAAAAAAAAGUUGUGAAAAAUUACUUGCGGUGAAUUGUUUGAAAAAAGUUGACAAGAGAGUACCAGAGAAUACGACUAAAGGAACUAAAGGAACGACAACUAAACCAACCACAACAACCACAACUACUUUUACUACUACAAAUACAACUACGCAAGCACAACUGGUGACAAUGGACCGGAUUAAAAAGCAUCAGGAGGUGACACGUACUGAUAACUUCUUCCAGAAUCUAUUUUUGAGAAAUAUUUCUCAGUCCCCGUUCUCCUCUCAGUGCAGCACUCCGAGACGUUCCUCGGUGAUUGAACGAGCGAGAAUCUUUCAAGAAGUUGCCGGUUUCAAGUCUGAGCCAUCCUUGAGAUCACUCAACGUCUACUUGGCAACCAAGCAGCCAGUCUCUAACUCGCGCUUCAAGAACUGGGAACGUGAGAGUUUUUCCUCACGAAGCUCCAGUCCUAAUCCGUUCGCCGUUAGCUGGCCAGGGCGAUCGAUUUUCCAAAAGAUAACCAAGUUUGACAGUCUUCAAGGUAUCUCCAAGGAGUUCGGCUCCUCCAGCUCGCUGAGGGGCAGCCGAAGCCCCGAAUUGGACCGCAAUAGCAUCAAAGAAAGAAGUCUCAGUGAACCGCCGAUUAAAGUUUCGUCGGUGGAUGAGAAAAUCACGCGAAGGAUUGUCCGUCUGCCUCCGAGAUCGCCUUCUCCGUCGCCUACCCGGUCUGCGGUCCCCAGAAGAAUCAGAUCGUUCCGGCAAGACGAGGCGUUUCCGCAGCUGAAGGCGCGGGCUCGCAGCGCCGGGGAAGUCCAUGACGAGCAGCGGAAAAAGGAAAUCGGAAAGGGAAAAUUCGGAUCGAAUCUAUCUCUUGCGAAAAGCACGAGUUCUCUGGAAUCUUAUCCGACGAAUAACAAAGAGGAGUACCAGCGGUACGUAUACGAGAUGGUGCAUUCGAAAAAAAAAUCCUCGAGGUACAAGGAUUUGCACGAUUUCUAUGCGAGUCUCGAGCGAAUGGGAGAACUGGAGAAGAGCACGUCAGCGGGAGAUCUCAGACGGAGAUUCAAGCAUGAAGAUAUUAUUGAUUACGACGAGUGGAAAGAAAUUAGAUCGGCGGAACGUGCCGAGGAGGAGCUCAAGAGUAUUUACGGUAAGCUGAGAGCCGUCCAACGGGAAAAGGAUUUUCUCUUCACCACCAAAGACUUGGAGAAGUACAGAUGGCACGGGGACUGCAGUUUGAGGUGCAAGGAGAGAUCCGUCGAAAAUAUUAGGGAAAGUUUCAGGCGGCUCACGAGGGAAGAUACCCAACUGGAGGCAACCAGACGUCUCGAGAUAUCCGCUAAGAAGGAUGUUUACAAGCCUUUGUGGCGGGGCAACUCGGUGGUGAAUGUGGCGAGCAGUAUGACGCAGCGAGCCAACACUCUCAAGGAAAGCAAAGAGGGUAAACAAACAAUAUCUGAGGAGUGCGACAAAUCAGAGCCCUCUUACUUGCAGAGGAACCUCGGUGGGAGCAAAAAGUUUUGGAGCAGCCUCUCCGUUGAGCAAGUAAACGCCUUGAAGAGCCAACUUAAUGAAAUCUACGGCUCUGAGGAUAAACCGAAAAUGUACACAAAGUCUUUUGACGUCGACGAAAAAAUUAGCUUUGCCGAGAAUAUUAAACAGAGUUAUCCGUCAGAAAGUUCUGAUGGAAAUAAACCUGGAAGAAGAAAAACUAUAACUAGAGCUGCGGCUGGAGAAAUUAAAGCCAGCGUCGGAGAAUUCGAAGUUGUCGUCCCGUCUCAUGAAUUCGGCGAUCGACUGGAAGAAGUUAAAGGGCUGAGUGUCCGCUGUCACUCGAUGCUCGUUCCUACUAGCUCCAGCUCCUCGGGGAAAUUAUCUUCUUCGCUAAAAAGAAGCGACUCGAUCAGCAACGGUCGCACCUUACACCCACACACCCACACUUCAUUAACCGAAACCGAGAAAAAACGGCUCUCACUCACGCUUGGAAAAGAAAUCCUCGAUAAAGUCUCGAAAAAAAAAAAACCAAAGUCCCCAUUGGCUCCUCGCGAGACUCUCGGCGCCAUUUCAGCAGCUUCUGUCAAGAAUACAAGUCAAUCAGCUGCCGCAAUUAAUACGUCCCCGAGAACUUGCUACUCCCUGGAGACCUCUGUCGACGACAACGUCUCAAAGUCACGCGACAGAGACAAGAGCGACUUUCUCCUUGUUCUGACCCCCAACGGCGACAGCCUAGCUGCCAGAAGGAAAGUCGAGAGUGUUUUGGACGAGUGGUCGAAAAAGUCACCCGCAAAUUCGAGCCGAAUUAAGAACGCAUCCAGCAGCGAGAUAGAUAGCACCACCGAGAGCUCGGAGAACUCCGUCAAGACAGUGGUGCAGUGCGAGGCCACCAAAGCGACCGAUGCAGUUCCUCGGAAGGUCGAGUUCUUCGAGAAAAUCCAGCGGGAAAAAAGGUCGGAAGAAGAAAAUAAGUCCCUUGGAAAAAGGAGUAAGCUUUCCUCCUCGCAGAGCUUCGCGGAUCUGAAGGAGCUCUUCGGGGAAAUGGAGUCAGCGCGUUACGGUACACUGGGCCAAAGCGGUCACUCGUCCCCGGGAACAGGAAGCGAGCACAGUUCAGCCAGAGGAAGAGGAAGAAGUACUUCCGCUUCGCCGGAUGUUCCAACCGGGCGAUUUCCCUCCCACUUGCAGCGAGAACCCGCUCGCCCGCGCAGCGUCAGUCCUUGUCGGGUCUCCACCUCGACCUGCAGCCUCGAGUCCCUUCAGCACCGCUGCUACUCCCCGGACCCCGAGCACUACUGGCGCGCGUAUUUGAACCUGGUCAAGCACGGGGCGGUCAAGAAGCUCCGCGCAAAAUUCGAAAGUCUUGAAGAAUUGUCCGGCGAGAGGGCCAAGUUCAUUCUCAGCCCAAAGCGGUUCCAAAGCGACCCCGAGAUCACGCGGAAUCUCCUGAAGAAGUCCGAGUCGAAGAGAAGCUCAUUGCUCAAGACUCAAGAAGUCACGGAUGUCGCGUGGCUGAGGCGCAAGUACGAGCCGGGGCCGAGGGGAAAAAGUAAGAGAAGACUUAGUAGGUCGCCACCAAUCCCGCGAAUUCCGCUGCGACUCGAAGACCUCGCGAUGCCGCAUAUAAACGUGAUCAGCAAAACCGCGGAGCUUAAAGACAGUGCGAUGUCGCGCUCCAGUUCGACCACUUCCCUGGCCAUCAAAGCAGAGACCGAGGAGCUGGAAGCCCAGCGACCGGUUAACCGGAUCCGGGACAAGUUCGAGAGGAUGGACGGGGAUUCCUGCGCCAGGAGCACCGAGGGGAAGCCUUCUAUUCUUGGUGAAAUGUUCACAUCAACGCCCGACGUGCACGAGCUUCGGGACAUUGCGCCGUACCUCGCGGGUCGGUGGGUUGCCCACAAAUAUCCAAGCCGACGUGACAACGGUCGUUCUCUGUCGCUCCCUCCGGAGCUGGAGUCUCGGUCUCUGGAGACCAGGAGCCACGUCAAGACUUCAAGUGCUAGUUCGGGCAAUGUUGGUGUUAAUUCCAGUGCUAACGUGUGUGCCAGGACGCUGCCGAGGGAGAGGAGCAAGGUUGACAGGGUCAAAGGGCCAAGAGCGGUCUCGGUGUCUCCGGUUCGCUCUCGCACCCCGACCUCCAUUCUGAAGCAGCGGCAAGCGGAUCCCUUCGCUAAUCAGCCCUUUGAUCCGAGCAAGCACCGGCCCAAGUUCCGAUACCAGCCUCCACCGCCGACCCCUCCGCCGCCCGACCCAGCUAAUCUGAGGGCGAGAGCGGAUUUCGAGAAGAGGGCUAAAAGUUGGUGGCCGGCUAUUCCUACCUACACCGCUAAGCCUACUGUUACCUUUGAAGAGUACUCGAACGCACCCCCUCCGCCGCCACCAAAAUCGCAUCUCUGCAGGACUGAGUAUCAAGCCGCCACGAUGACGACGAGUUCAUGGUUCGCUUAUCAGCUGCGUGAGCAAUCACCGAGAAGAUAUGUCGAGGGUGAGGUGACGAUUCACUAUCGUUCUCCAGUCCGCGCGGAAGCCAAGGAAAUUCUCAGUGAAGAAGAACUCGCUCGCAGGAGUGCCGAGAACAUGCGCCGCGUUUAUCAGGAGGAGAGACGACGAAAGUAUCUCCAGGAACUUCAUGACAUCGAUUCCCGUCGACACACUGAUAAUUUUAUACCAUCGCAAAAAUCCCCGAUUCCUCUGAAUCGGUAUGACGAUUUUCUGGACGACCUGAGCUACCGCAGCAGAUCUCAAGAGCAAACUCCCGAGCCGCGGCUUGUUGCGCGAGCGAUGUACAAUUUUGUGGGACAGACAUCGCGUGAAUUGUCAUUCCGGGGAGGUGACAUAAUUCUCAUUCGCCGGCAAAUUGAUAAAAAUUGGUACGAAGGUGAACAUAAUGCCAUGGUCGGUCUUUUUCCUCUCAAUUACGUCGAGGUUCUUCCUUUCGAAGGAAUGAGAUCGACGCCAAAAAAACCGUACGAGGGUCAAGCUCGCGCAAGAUUCAAUUUCAUCGCCCAAACAAACUUGGAACUAUCUUUGGUAAAAGGAGAGCUCGUUGUUCUAACAAGAAGAGUCGACGACAAUUGGUUCGAGGGGAGAAUCGGAAACCGCAAGGGCAUAUUCCCGGUUACUUAUGUUGAAGUUAUUAUGGAGCCAGGGCAACACCGACCCGAAACUCCGGUGUCUAGCAAACCCGUGGCUUCUCCAGCGGCUCACAGCAUGCUGUCCAAUGGAACUGCCAGCGGGAAAUUAAGCAUGGGACCUCAUCACUACACACCAUCGAUACCCGUGAAAACAAGUACUACCGAGCCUCAAUAUAUAUCUCUGCCACGCAUUGGUGUCACUGAACGCAACAAAUUGCACGUUGCACCUGUCAACGAAACAUUGCACAUCGACACACACUCGGAUACGCUGCCGUACCGGGCGCUGUACAAUUACCGGCCGCAGAACGAGGACGAGCUGGAGCUGAAAGAGAACGACACGGUGUUCGUGAUAGAAAAGUGCGACGACGGGUGGUUCGUUGGUUCAAGCCAAAGAACUGGGUACUUUGGCACCUUCCCGGGAAACUACGUCGAGCGGUUGUGAGACGAGGCGAGUCCUCGAUGGCCCGCGCCCACGAGGAGCAACUACCGCUUGCCCACAAACGGCCCCGUUAAACUUCCUAAAGAGACCAGGAAGAUAGAGUACCGCUGUUAGAUUUACAAACUUCAAUAUUAAAUAUUAAAUAAUAAUAAAAAAAAAGUCAUUAAUAAAUUAUAAUUAUUGUAAUAAUUAAUUAAUUUACUUUGAUUGUUUUUUGAGUAUAUAGACGUUAAUAGCUUGAAAGGUCUUCCACGAUUUUUUAUGUCGGAAAUUAUUUUAUAGCGUAGCGUUACACCAAAUAAUAAUUGUUAAUUAUUAACAGCUAAGUUUUAUUUUGUUUAUUAAUUAUUUAUAUUGUCGACUAACGUCUUAUGUAUAAAUAGUAAUUAUUAGUGUAAGAUAUUUAUUGUUUCUUCCGCUGCAAUGACUCUUCAAAAUUGGAAUGACGUUAGUUCCGAAAUACGUUACAAUUGAAGUGAGCCACAGCGCCUCUAGCGGCCAAAACUGGCGGCUUUAUUUAAAAAUUUGUACUUCCCGCUUUGACCACCAGAGGCGCUGUAACUAAGACGAGUUUUUUUGACAGCUGAUUAAAAAUUUAGAGUUUACUAGUGAUAUAUUUCGGAAUACACUCUUAUAAAUAAUUGCGUGACAUU